AUGGCACACUAUGGAAUACCACAACCUUUCAUAAACAUCAUUAGAAACUCCUAUAACAACAUGAAAUACAGAGUUAUACAUGAAGGCAAGCUCAGUGAGAGUUUUGAUCAAGGCUGCCUGCUAUCACCUUUUCUUUUUCUCUUGGCAAUAGACUACAUCAUGAAAGAAGCAACUGAAGGGAAAAGAAAUGGAAUCCAAUGGACAAUGUGGCAACAACUAGAAGACUUGGAUUUUGCAGAUGAUAUAGCCCUGAUAUCCAGUACACAACAACAAAUGCAAGAAAAAACAACCCUUCUCUCUUCAACAUCUUUAAAGCUCGGACUCAAACCAAACGAAGAAAAAACAAAAGUUAUGAAGAUAAACACCAAAAGUAAACAACCAAUAAAGAUCUAG